AGCAGAGGCGGGGUAAAAAUAGACAACACUGUAGCACACCUCACUGAGGGAACGCAGUGAUGCCCUGUAGCCUGAGAAAAAUUGUGUCAAACAGACACCCAGCUUAGUUUAGGGCAACUGGAGAAAUGGAUAUCGACGGUGCAUAUGUAGCCCUGGUCAUUGUAUGUCUGGCCUUGUUAAUCUCCGUGUGCCUCAACAUCACCUUCUGUAUGAGACAGAAAGACACUUGGUGCAAAGAACCACAUAACUGCUGCCAUCUUCACAGUUCAGAAGAAGCGCUGUUUAAUGAUGAAGGACAAUAUUUGAGUGGCAUCAGUCAUCGAGAGCAGCAGGAAAAUCCCCACAAUGAAGAAGAGCGACAGGAAAAUCCAAUCUAUGGCAACAUCAGCACAGAAAGACGUGGUUCUGCAGAUGCUUGCUAUGAGACGAUGUCCAUGCCGCGCAGUAGAGAUUGCCUAAAGCCUGUAGAGCCUGACCUGAAUUACGCUUCGCUGGAUCUGAAGAUUGCGAAAAAACGCAAGAAACACCGUCACCUGCAAGGCCAGGGACAAGGACGCAACAAGCAGCAGGAUCUGCAGGCAGACCACCUUACUCCUCCUUCCAACGCCUUCUUGGAGAUAGAUGCGGAAGUGGAUGCUCACCUGCCCUGCAGAGACACUGCCGUCAUGGUCUCUCACAGCAGCAUCUAUCUCAACAGUCAACAGAUAGCACAGGAAGCCGAGGAGAUGCAAAGAGAGAGGGGCAUCAACAUGGAGGAGAAGGAAAUUAUAGGAUGGGAUGGCUUACAAGAGAGCGUGAGAGGAGGAAGAAGAAAUUGGGCGGAAAAUCCUGAAAACUGGGAAAGAAAAGAAAACCAUAAUGGAAGUGAUGGGAAGAUAUGUAUACAGCUUUCAGAGGAAGAAACUACUCUGAGUUGUUCAGAUCAAGUCACUGACAGCUUUAGUCAUGAUAGCGGCUAACUACAUAUGUAUAUAUAAGUCAAUUACUUGUCUCAAAAUUUUUACAAUGUUUUCUAGAAAACAUAAAAAAUGUCAAACUAUUUUAUAUUUUCAGCACAAAAACAGCAACUAUCAUCUUCAAUUUUCUCUAUGCCUGGCAGAGUUAAGCAAUUUCCUUCUUGACGCAGACAAUCUACCUCUUAUAGUCAUGUUGAGCAAUAGAAACAUAACUGUGCUUCUCUGUGAAAUAAACUACUUAAAAAGAAAGAGGGGAAAUGUUGUGUGACAUUUAGAGGUCAAGAGCCAUGUGGAAAUUGUAGGUUAUUGUGAAACACAGGAAAACAAAGGUAAUCAUCAGAGGACACGGAGGAACUUUACUCCUUUGAUGUCUCUUAUUCGUCCAUCAGCAGACAUUUCAUAAAAAAAAGUGUGAAAGCAGCUUUUUUUUUUUUCCAUGAUGUGGGUAAGAGCUUUUUACAUAAUUGCACUUGCCUUUGCACAUGUGAACCAGCUUUUAAAUAAUUUUAUGGAUUAAGCCAACAGCACAGAAACUAGAAGCAAAUGAAUAACGAUAAUGAUAAAUAGUGGUUUAAUUUUCCAUCUUCCCAACAGGGAAAACUGUCAAUCUGUUUAAACUGUAAAUGUCACCCACAGAGGAUUUUCUAUGUGAAAGCAAUGAUAAAGGUCAUUGUGUUCACAGUCUAUGAGCUAAUGCCCCAUCGGUUUAAAUGAAUGUCUUUCUCUCUGUAAUCCCCAAUCUGCAGAGUAAUUUACCGACCAUCUGUCUGCUGACAGGACGGCGCUCUGAGUUGAACUCAGCAUUUACAGGCCUUCAAGCACACUAUUUGUUGACAGUCUCUUAAAGGCGGACAAGGAUCUAUUUCCCACUUAAUGUGUUAUAAGUGACCCAAAACCAUUUUUGGAUAGAGAUACAGAAAGGCUACAAAGAUAUCCUCCAAAAUAAAAGUCCUUUUUUAUUUAUUGUUUGGAUUUUUUUUAUUGUUUUAUUUCUUUCAUAUACCCAAAUACAAUUAAUAAAAUAUGGUAUCAUUAAACACCACAAAUGAAAAGUAGCAGGAGGAAGAUAAACUUGUAACCCCUGCCCCAUGUCAAAUCAUUCACAUAGAAGAAAGAUAUUAAACAUACAAAUAUAAAUCAUCAAUUUCUUUCAUCUCCCAUCGCAUAAAUGUUAAUUUUAGCUUUUUUUUUAUUUUCUUAAAAUGAAAAAUACUAGUACAACUCUCCAGGGUGACAUUUUGAUAAUUCCAUAGUUUAUAACCAGCAACAGAAAUACACAUUGUUUUUAACGUUAACCGCCAAACUUGGGUUUAAAAUCCAAUCCAUCUGCUGUUAUCCUCUUCUAAUUCAAAUAGGUUCUGUAACUUUUCUGGUAAAUAUUUAUUUAUUGUUUUAUGCCUUAUUAUUUAAAGUCUGAGGCUCAGCUCCAACUGUUUCAUAACAGUCACAGAAGGGGAAAAAAUUAAUUCAGUUGCCAAAGUUUUGUUGCUUUAAAACUGCCAUUUUCACUAAAUCUAUCUGAAGUUUAAUUUUAUGUGACAUACCAAAACAAUUUAGAGCCUCGUUGUGAAUUGGUAGCAAAAGUAUUCACAGUUC